UUAUUAGGAGGUAAAAACCGAAAGCAACGGACUUUAUGAGCAGACCACUACUUGUCAUCCAUCCCAAAAGCCCUACUUGCCUACUGUAUCCUCCACCUCCCCCUCUCCAAACCUUCUUCCAGGCAUAAGCCUCCAUUUCAUAGCGAAUCUCCGGACGACGAAGCUUCACACUCAUCAAUCUUCCGGAGCUUCAAUCUAGCCCUCGAAGUGGGGCACGGCGGCGCAUAUCAUCAGCGGGAGGGUCUCAGGAAUUACGACGAGAGGAACACAUGGGAGAUAUCACCGGCAAUGGCGGCGGGACAAAGCUGCCGAUUCCCGGCAAGAGGAACAUCCUUAUCACUAGCGCCUUGCCAUAUGUCAACAACGUUCCUCAUCUCGGCAACAUCAUCGGCUCUGUCUUGAGUGCUGAUGUCUUCGCUCGAUAUUGCCGCCUCCGAGGCUACAAUGCGAUAUAUAUAUGUGGGACUGAUGAGUAUGGUACUGCAACAGAGACCAAGGCAAUGGAAGAGAAGUGCACUCCACAGGAGAUAUGUGACAAAUACCAUGCGAUCCAUAGGCAAGUAUAUGACUGGUUCGAUAUAAGCUUCGACAAAUUUGGACGCACAUCAACCCCACAGCAAACUGAAGUUUGCCAGACAAUCUUCAAGAAACUAUUGGAAAAUAAUUGGCUUUCCGAGAACACAAUGCAGCAGCUCUACUGCGAUACGUGUCAACGAUUCUUGGCUGAUAGGCUUGUGGAAGGUUCCUGUCCCUUCCCAGACUGUAACUACGAUUCUGCUCGCGGAGAUCAGUGUGAUAAGUGUCAAAAGCUUUUGAAUCCUACAGAACUGAAGGAUCCAAGGUGUAAGGUGUGUAAAACCACUCCGCGAAUUCGUGAUACAGACCACUUGUUCCUUGAGCUUCCCCUACUUAAGGAUAAACUGGAGGAGUAUAUCAACGAAAUGUCUGUAGCUGGAUCCUGGAGCCAAAAUGCUAUUCAAGCAACAAAUGCAUGGCUUAGAGAAGGAUUGAGACAACGGUGUAUCACAAGGGAUUUGAAGUGGGGUGUUCCAGUUCCACAUGAGAAAUACAAGGAUAAGGUAUUCUAUGUCUGGUUUGAUGCACCAAUUGGUUAUAUCUCGAUCACUGCAUGCUACACAUCUGAAUGGGAAAAGUGGUGGAAGAAUCCUAAAAAUGUGGAGCUCUAUCAGUUUAUGGGAAAAGACAAUGUCCCAUUCCACACUGUGAUGUUUCCAUCUACCCUUCUGGGAACUGGUGAAAGCUGGACCCUUAUGAAGACAAUUAGCGUGACCGAGUACUUGAACUAUGAAGGAGGAAAAUUUUCCAAGAGUCAUGGGAUAGGAGUGUUUGGCAAUGAUGCUAGAGAUACAAAUCUGCCUGUUGAAGUGUGGAGAUAUUACUUGUUAAUCAAUAGGCCUGAGGUUUCUGAUACACAGUUCACUUGGACAGACUUGCAAGCAAAACUAAACACCGAGUUGCUGAAUAAUUUGGGGAACUUUAUCAACCGUGUUUUAAGUUUUAUUGCAAAACCUCCAGGUCUAGGGUAUGGUUCUGUUGUUCCUGAUGCUCCAGGUGCUGAGUCUCAUGCUCUAACAGCGAACUUGGCUGAAAAAGUUGGUAAAUUUGUGGAUCAGUAUGUGGAAGCCAUGGAGAAGGUAAAGCUAAAGCAGGGACUUAAAACUGCAAUGAGUAUUUCAAGUGAGGGAAAUGCAUAUCUACAAGAAAGCCAGUUCUGGAAGCUGUACAAGGAAGAUCAGCCUUCUUGUUCCAUUGUUAUGAGAACUUCAGUGGGGCUGGUGCAUCUUCUUGCAUGCUUGUUAGAACCAUUUAUGCCAUCUUUCUCUUUCGAGGUAUUUAAGCAGAUUAAUUUGUCUCCAACUGGGAUUUCCUUGGGAGAUGAAGCCGGGGAUGUUGAUAGGGCAAAGAGACCUUGGGAGAUUAUACCUGCAGGUCACAAGAUUGGUAAACCAGAACCAUUGUUCAAAGAACUGAAAGAUGAAGAGGUGGAAUUCCUCAGGAAGAAGUAUGCCGGAAGUCAAGCAGACCGAAUUAACCGAGCAGAAGCUGAGGCUCGGAAAGUGGCUGAGGCUGAGGCUCAGAAAGUGGCAGAGCAAUUGAAGACAACUAAAGUCUCAGAUAGCAAAGGAAAGAAACAGCAACCUGCAAGAUCUGCAUCACAAGCGAAAGCCAAGGCAACUCCUGAUGCCGAAAUAUCAAUUUCACGAGUUAAUAUCCGUAUUGGCCUGAUCAAAAAGGUUAAGAAGCACCCUGAUGCUGAUUCACUGUAUGUGGAAGAGAUUGAUGUUGGCGAGGCACAAUGCCGCACAGUUGUCAGUGGCCUUGUCAACUAUAUUCCUCUGGAGGAAAUGCUGAACCGAAAAGUAUGUGUUAUCUGCAACUUGAAGCCGGCCACCAUGAGGGGUAUCAAGUCGCAGGCAAUGGUUCUUGCUGCAUCCAACAGUGACCAUACCGAGAUCGAAUUGGUCGACCCACCUGAAGCUGCUAACAUUGGAGAGAGAGUCAGCUUCCCUGGUUUUGAAGGAGAGCCUGAUGAUGUCUUGAACCCAAAGAAGAAGGUCUGGGAAACGGUCCAACCUGAUCUGAGCACCGACUCUGAACUCGUGGCCCGCUACAAAGGCGUGCCCUUCACUACGUCAGCUGGUGUGUGCAAGGUUGCCACUAUCCAGAAUGGCUCAAUCAGGUAAGCCAGUUCCAGGUAGGGGUUAUUUGAUCAUUGAAAGGGGAGAAAACCCGGGAUUUUGGCUAGACAACCCACUGAUGGUAUGUUUUGCUUAUUUGAAUCACUAAUGCAUCCAUCUAGUAAUACAAAGCUGAUAGGUUGAAUGGUGAGGAAAUUCUGAUUGGAAAGCGUACUUGAUUAGUAGUGGUAUUUGAAUUACUUGUCAUGUUAUGACAGUAAAGGAAUUUCAUACUCUCUCUCUCUGUUUGUGUGAGUUCUGACUGCAUUUUACUCAUUAUUCUCUUCCCUUGUUA